CGCAUGCGUACAAAUGCCUUAAAAUCAAGUUGUUUGUUUAUAAAUUGUUUAUAAUUUUUUUUAAUAAACAAACAGUGUCAAUUUGUGACACAAGUAGCGUAAAAACGUGCUAAAACCAUUCAGAGUUGGUAAAAUAAUAAUAAUUAAGAAUGUUUAAUACCAGCCAAUUGGGGCAGUUUAAUUUUGCCAACCCAACUAAAGUCCAAAACAUGGAAAAAUCUCCACAUAACACCAAUAACAUGGACAUGAAUAUGGGUGCAGGGGAUAGCAACGAUUCAUUUGACAAAACUAAACUUAUCGUAAACUAUAUUCCACAAUAUGCUGUUGAAGAGGAUCUGGCUCAAAUUUUCUCACAAAUUGGGAGAGUGGAAAGCAUUAAAAUAAUGCGCGACUUCAAAACAGGUUACAGCUAUGGUUUUGGCUUUGUGAAAUAUUACAACCAACAGGAUGCUGCUAAAGCUAUUGAAGCUAUUAAUGGGAUGACUUUUAGAAAUAAAAGGUUAAAAGUUUCCUAUUCGCGACCACCUGGUACGGACAUGAAGGACUCAAACUUGUAUAUUACGAACCUUCCAAAAGAUGUAACUGAACAGGAUGUGGACAGGUUAUUUCAAGAUUAUGGCGAGAUUGUUCAAAGAACCGUACUAAAGGAUAAAAUAACUGGUUUGCCACGUGGAGUAGCCUUUGUUAGAUACUCUAAGGGAGAGGAGGCGCAGGCCGCCAUAGCCAACCUGGAUGGCAAGAUGCUGGAAAAUGCGAUGUUGCCGCUGAGCGUGCGCGUCGCCGAGGACCACGGUCGCCAAAAGGCGCAGUACAUGGACAUGUGGAACCCUAUUGUAUAUAGGGCGAAUUUUGCCCAAAUGCGGGGCUUGAUGCCGCCAAUCAGAGACUUAAAUUUGCGUAACGCAAUUCCGAACAGAUUUGGCACCCGUUACACUUGUAACGCACUGAACACGCCGUUACGCAGUAACAGUAACAUGGGAGCAGGCGACAGUUUUUUUCAAAAUUCAUUUUUCUACUGAAUGAUUGACAAAUUUUAUUUUUUUUGUUUGGAUUUUGGCUCGAAAAUUUGCUCGAUUUUUUAAGGUUUUGUGUUACGUUUUUGUUACGAUUUUACUUUGUAUUUUAAGGGGUAUUUUGACUUGAAAAAAGUUUUUGAAAAAUCGUUUUUCUUACUUUAAACCGCUGUUUUUGUUUGUAUUUUUUAUCUCAAAUUUGCCCCUCACAAUAAUCAAUUACUUUAGUUUUUGUUUCCUAGUGUUUUGUUUUUUGUUCAGGCAAAUUUUCGAGUCAAUUUUUGACAUUUUGAGACUGUUUUUUACAAAAUAACAACAUUAUGUUUAUUUUUACAACAUUAUAAUAGAAUUUAUUUAUUUAUUUUAAUUAUAUUGAAAUGUAAUUGUACUACAAUUG